AAAAGAAAUGAACGCAGAAAUGCUGAAUUACUGGUUACAACGCUUUGUGUUGGAGGUACGUAAACAGGACGGCAGUGAAUAUCCCCCGCAUACUCUCUACUUCAUUGUUUGUGGAUUACUGCAUCAUUUGCGAGAGGAAAACGUUCAUAAUAUGAAUUUUCUUGAUGAACAUGACCACCGUUUUGCCGUUUUCCGUAAAGUUUUGGACGCCCGUAUGAAGGAAUUGUUAUCAAAAGGCGUAGGCACCAAAGUGAAACAAGCUGAUCCACUGUUGCCGGAAGAUGAAGAAAAAAUCUGGACUAAUAGAGUAUUCGGGUCACACUCUUCUCAAGCUCUACAGUACACAGUUUUCUUCUAUAACUGUAAGAUAUUCGGUUUGAGGGCCUUUGACAAACACAGAAAUCUGGAGUGCUCCCAGUUUGAAAUUGGGCAAGACGAGCAAGGAAAAUUUAUUCCAUUUACGGGCAGAUUAUCUAAGACUUACAAAGGGGGGCUGAAACAUCUGCAGCUUACCAAUAAAGAUUUAAAACAUUACUGCCAAGAAGGUGAAUGGUGUCUUGCCGAUUUCUAUUGUACCUAUCUCAAAGCUCUCAAUAAUGGUGGACCUUUUUACCGCCGUCCCUUAGCUGACCAGGUCCUGUAUGGGUGCGAUAUGGCGAACAAGAACUGGGAGUUAACAAACUAA